GAGAGAGAGUGAGAAAGAGCCCGUUUAAAUUUGAGUCUUGCAUAUAAGUACGCCUAGAGAGAGAGAGGGAGCUCUGGGUGAGAUUCUGGAGAGAGGGCUUUUACAAGUUGUACUUUGGAGAAAGCGAAGGUCAUAUACAGUCUAGAGAGAGAGACUGGGGAGGAAAUAGAAAGUGUGAGAGCCUAGUGAGAGAGAGAGAGGAGAGAGAGUGAGAUUUUGCGGUGAAAUCUAUUGGGGUUUUAGAGAGAGAGAGAGAGAGAGUUGCUUGUUGUUCGAGAAGAAAUGGAGAGGAGCACCCCUGUGAGGAAACCACACACAUCUACCGCAGAUCUCUUGACAUGGAUGGAAGCUCCACCUCCAGAUCCCUCUGCAAUGGAUGGCGCUUCAUCAGCUCGCCCGACGAUCCGUACUCAUCAGCCCGCUGGUGGAAUCAGCUCUGUGCUUUUUGGUGGACAAAUGACACCUGAAGAGGCUGAGAGCUUGUUGAAAAGGAAACCAUGUUCAGGUUUUAAGCUAAGAGAGAUGACUGGUAGUGGAAUUUUUGCUGGUGAUGGUGAGAAUGGUGAUUUAGAAUCUGGCAGUGCUGCCUCUGCUAAUAAAACAGGUCUUAGGAUUUACCAGCAAGCUGCUGGUGCAAUCAGCCAGAUCUCAUUCAGCACUGAGGAGAGCGUAUCUCCCAAGAAACCAACCUCCAUACCAGAGGUUGCAAAGCAGAGGGAGCUUAGUGGGAACCUUGAGAGUGAAUCAGAGAUGAAGAUAAAGAAGCAGCUUUCAGAUGCUAAGACGAAAGAACUGAGUGGCCAUGAUAUAUUUGGGCCUCCCCCGGAGAUCUCUCCAAGCCCUCUCGCUGCCCGUUCUCAAGAAUUGAAGGAGAGCAAGGACAUAGAGGAAUUGGCGCCCAGAAACGUACGCACAUCUGUGAAAGUCUCUAAUCCUGCCGGGGGCCAGAGCAAUCUAAUGUUUAGUGAGGAGACAGUGGUAAAAACUGCAAAGAAAAUUCACAACCAGAAAUUUGCGGAGCUGACUGGCAAUGAUAUCUUCAAAGGUGAUACUGCUCCUGGUUCGGCUGAGAAACCUUUAAGUGUCGCCAAGCUUCGAGAGAUGAGUGGGAGUGACAUCUUUGCUGAUGGCAAGGCCCAAUCUCGGGAUUAUUUGGGUGGUGUUCGAAAGCCUCCUGGUGGUGAGAGCAGCAUUGCCUUGGUUUAACCUUUUACUAACAUAUAAGAGGGUCUCUCUCUUGUUUUUUCUCUCUUUCUUUUGUUUUGUCACGGCUUUGAUCAUUGCAGUUGGGUCUGAUAUGUUAAGGGUUUUGAGGUCAUUGAGGCAGGAUUUAUGACCAGUUUGUGGGUGGGUGGGUGUGGGGUUAUAUUAAACUAGGUAAAUGUCCUACUUCGCUAAUGAAGCUAUGCAAUGUGAAUGGACUCUCUCUGGCUUGGUAGUCGUACAUUGUCUUCCCUCAUUUGUCCAACUAAUUCUCAUCUCAUAUGACCAUUAUUUACAUUAUCGUGUCUUAGUUGCAUGCAAAUGAUUCCUAUGGCCUUUGCUUCAUUA